GCAUCGUUUAUCGGUCGCGACGCGCUAUAACCGCGAAUUCAUCGCCGUUUCAGUUCUCAUUCCGUUGCCGCCAAAAGCGCGCGCAAAUCGCAAAACAUGGCGCGUAAAAUUCUCUUACGUCAAUUCAAACAGCUGCGAACCCUAAGGAGAUUCACGACGAGUGUUAAUUUAAAAAAUCAAGAGCAAUAUGUUAUUAAAUCACCUUUGGAAGACAUUGUAAUUCCUAAUAUGAGAUUUUUGGACCGUCUAUGGCUGGAAUCUCCAAGUUUUAUAAAUCAUGUUGCAAUUGAAUGUGCGGAAUCAAAGAAAAGUUACACAUAUCAACAGCUGCAGAAGAACAUGGCAGUGUUCGCGACAUCACUGAGGAAGAAACUGGGCUUGAACCCGGGUGAUGUGGUCGCGGCAAUGUUACCCAAUUGUCCACAAUUCCCAGUCGUCGCGUUUGGUGCUUUGCAAGCUGGAUGUGUUGUAACUCCAAUCAAUCCUAUUUAUAAAGAACUUGAAGUAACCCAUCAAGUAUCAACAACUGCACCAAAAGUAUUCGUCACUAUACCACAAUGUUACGAGACGGUCGUAAAAGGUCUCCAAAAUGCAAAGAUAGAUGCAAAAAUCGUUGUCAUUGAUAAUCCAUCGGCCCCAAUACCAGAAGGUGCAAUACGGUACUCAGAAAUAUCAGAAUCUGGUGAAGCUGAUUAUAGUCUUUUGGAUAAAGUUGAAAAGAAUAAUGAUGAUGUAGCAUUUAUACCUUUCUCAAGUGGUACCACAGGUUUGCCUAAAGGCGUGGAAAUAACAUAUGGAAAUCUUAUAGCUGCUAUUGAAAUUAUGCAAAAUAAAAGGAAUUCUUUUCCGCUACUUACUCAAGGUGACUUCCAGGAUGUUGUGCCUUGCAUCCUACCAUUCUUCCACAUUUAUGGUUUGGUUGUCGCAUUAAUGGGACAUUUGGCGAAAGGAUGCAAACUGAUAUCUUUACCGAAAUUCUCAGCAGGCUUGUAUCUCGAUGUAUUGGAUAAACAAAAGCCAACAUUAUUGUAUGUCGUGCCACCAAUCGCGAUCCUUCUUGGUAAGCACCCGGACGUGAAAGUGGAACAUUUUGAGAGAGUAAGAAAUGUUAUAUGCGGGGCAGCUCCUUUAGCUGAUUCUGAUGUUCACGCCAUUUUAGAAAAGUGUAAACGUAAAUUGGAGUUCAAUCAAGGCUUUGGUGCUACAGAGACAACAUCUCUGGCGACAACGACCUUAAUGGAUUCGACGAUCUUGGAUUAUUCUGCAUGUGGAGUGCCAAUGGCCAGUGUUCUUCUAAAAUUCGUUGACCCACUCACUGGUAAUCCUGUUCCUAUCGGAGAGCCCGGAGAACUAUAUGUGAAAAGCCCAACCAUAAUGAAAGGGUAUCAUAAGAACGAGAAGGCAACCAAAGAAACAUUAACUGAAGAUGGAUAUUUUAAAACUGGGGACUUAGGAUAUUACAAACCAGAAGCUGGACUUUACAUAACAGACAGGAUAAAGGAGCUAAUUAAGGUGAAAGGUAUGCAAGUUGCACCAGCGGAAUUAGAGAGUAUACUCCGUUCACAUCCUGCUGUACAAGAUGCAGCUGUUAUAGGAAUACCUCAUGAAAUAUACGGAGAAGUUCCUAAAGCUUUUGUUAUUCGUAAGAAUGGUAAAGAAACGUCGGCAGAAGAACUACAAAGCUUCGUAGCUGAUAGAGUAGCGGUGUUCAAGAAGAUAGAAGAAGUUGCAUUUGUUAAUGAUAUACCUAAAACAACAACGGGGAAAAUAUUGAGGAAAGAUUUGAAGAAAAUGUACGCGUAGUGAGCGAUUUAAGGCUGUGAUGUUAUAUUUUUAAUCGUAGAAUUAGACUGUCUUGUAUUAGACAUAUUGCUGUCUCAUUUUUUUCCAAGAGAAAGAAAGGGAUGACAAUGUCAACACAAAUGUAACAGCAGUGGAAAUUCUCGGUUGAAGUUACAAAAGUUGUUAAAAUUAAAAUUAUUAAGAAAACAAA